CGUUAUACUCGGGUAGAGCGAGGCGCCUCGAAUAGCGGUUUGAGGAAUGAGGCGGAAAAGGCGAGGAGAACAUGUACACAGGACUUCUCUAAACGCAAAUGCUUUGAUAUGGAAGAUGUGUUUGUUGCUGAGAUGGUGGAUUCCUGUACUAUUCCUGACAGAUCUCCCAUCAAGCUCAGCCAUCCAGGUCUCCUCUCGUGAAGACAAGAAGUAUGCCACGCUGUUCCAGUCGGUGGUCCUGCCGUGUCAAUACUCCAGCAUGUCCACCCAGACGCCUGUGGUCCAAUGGUGGUACAAGUCUUACUGCCGCGACCGCACCCGCGACGCCUUCAGCUUCCCGGAGGGCCUGGGGGUAAGGGGCUCCUCGUCCCAUCUAGACUGCUCCGAUUCUAGCCGCACCGUCCGCGUGGUGGCCUCCGUCACCGGAUCCUCCAUCACCCUGGCCGAGCACUACAAGGGCAGAGAUAUUACUAUCAUCAACAAGGCUGACCUGCGUAUCGGGGAGCUCCAGUGGGGAGAUAGUGGGGUUUACCUGUGUAAGGUGAUCAUCUCUGACGACCUCGAGGGCAGGAAUGAGGCCCCUGUGGAGCUUCUGGUGUUGG